AUGAAGGCCCUGCUCCUGCCCAUCGCCCUCAGCCUGCUCACCGCCCUGCGGGCCCAGGAACCCCCAUCCUGCCCUCUGGAGCCCCAGCAGAUCGCAGGGACUUGGUAUGUGAAGGCCGUGGUGACCGACAAGAACAUGCCUAAGGAGAUGAGGCCCAGGAAGUCAUCCCCUGUGACCUUGACGGCCCUGGGCGGCGGGGACCUGGAAAUCAGGUUCACCUUAAUGAAGGAGGACCAGUGCCAUGAGAAGAUAACAAGGAUGCAGCCGACCGGGGAGCCCGGCAAAUACAGCGCCAGUGGCGGCAAGAAGCACAUAUACAUCCUGGAACUGCCCGUCGAGGGCCACUACAUCCUUUUCUGCCAAGGCCAGCUCCAGGGGAAAUCAGUCCAAGUGGGGAAGCUCAUAGGUAGAAAUCCUGACGUGAGCCCAGAGGCCCUGGAGGCCUUUAAGAAAUUCGCACAGCGCAAGGGCUUGUCCCCGGAGGACGUCUUCACACCUGAGCAGAUGGACCCGCGAAACCAUGGGGGCCUCACCCAGCCCGACGUGAACGCCACGGCAACCGUCCGCCGCUCCCCGCGGGCCUCAGGCACUCCCUCCGGUGGAAGCCGCAGCCUGGUGCUGGUCUGGCUCCCACGUGCCCACAGAGGCCUCUGCUCAGGGCUCUGUGGUCGGGCGGAGGCACGCAUCUCUAUAGACUUCCUGCCGGGGAAGGGGUACGCGGUCGUGCACUCCCAGGGCAGGAUGGACAGGACCUACUUCCGCAUGGCCAUGCUCAUUGGUGCGCCAGCGCUUUCUGAGACCGCACGCCCCACCAUCCAGCCUCCUUCUUGGGACAUCUGGGUGGGGAAGGCCCCAUCCGUGGGCACCCCCAGGGAGAGCGGCUGGAGUCUUAAUGAGACCUGGCCGGCCUGCUCAGCUGCCCAGACGCACGUCCACCCAUCCCCUUCAGGCUGCUCCCUGGAGGAGAGCCCAGAGGCCCUGAGAACCUUCGAGGAGUUUGUGGAGAGCAAAGGGCUAAACAAGACAGAAAUGGUCAGCCCCUGCACGUGGGCCCGCAGGCAAAUGUCCAUGGGGCCGCAUCUGCUUGUGCAGCUGCCUGUGUUGGAAGAGCACUUAGUACCGGGGCCCACAGGACGUCAUCGAGCGCCGCCCGCUCCAGCUCGGGGAGCCACCCUGUCCUCCCGCAGCCAACGCCGCCCUCAGCAGGGGCGGACGCACCCGUUUCUAACCGACAGGCAGGGGAUCAGUGACACCGUGAUCUUUCCCCCGGAAACCCCAGGGCCCCUCACCCCCCGACCCCAGUUCCCACAGGACAAAUCUUGUGUGAUUCCGCUCACGUGGGGCCCCGUGGAGACUGGACUAGACGGUGGGGCCAGGGACUGGCAUGGGGCCCAGGUGGCAGGGACGUGGCACUCCGAGGCCGUGGCAGCCAGCGACAUCUCCCUCCUGGACGCUGAGGGCACGCCCGGCCCCCCGAGAGUGUACACGGAUGAGCUGAGGCCCAUCCCGAGGGACUGGAGAUCCUGGAGACCCCUGGAGAUCCCCCUGCAGAAACGAUGGGUGUCCCCCGCAGUAGAUCUGCCCCUCCCCGGGCUGCAGGCCUGCAAGGGAGGGCUCCUGGCUGGACCCAGCUCCACUGUGGGCAGGACCAGGGCCCCAGGGAGUGGGGAUGGAGCUCACAGGUCCCUGUGCCCUUGGAGCCCUGCCCAGGGCUUCAGGCCUCACAGGACGGCCCUGGGGUCGGUGUGGGGAGACGCUCAUGUGAAGGCCACCGCUGGGCAGCUGCUGGCCUGGGUCCUCGGGGCCUGGGCAGUUCCCAGCAGGAGCCCCGAAUGGGCAGAGGGAUUAUACAGGGGCUUCGGCUCUGCAGGACUUCAUCUCUCCUUUCCUGCUGCCUCUGGUGCUGCCCCCUGGUGGCUGCGGGAUGAAGGAUCCAGUCACCUGCAGGGUACCGCCAGCAGCACGGCUGUCACCUUCAACAAGGAUGAAAACAAAACAAAAAACACAGAAGAGAAACUCAACAAAUCCCGGCACCUGUGUCCCAGAAGCGCGACCCCGGCUGCAUCCGUGAAGUGCCUCCUGCUCGCCCUGGGCCUGGCCCUUGCCUGUGGCGUCCAGGCUGCCCACAUCCCCCAGACGGCGGAGGACCUGGACGUUAGAAAGGUGGCGGGGACCUGGUACUCCUUGGCCAUGGCGGCCAGCGACAUCUCUCUGCUGGACGCCCAGAGUGCCCCCCUGAGAGUGUACGUGGAGGAGCUGAAGCCCACCCCCGGGGGCGACCUGGAGAUCCUGCUGCAGAAAUGGGAGAAUGGCAAGUGUGCUCAGAAGAAGAUCAUUGCAGAAAAAACCGAGAUCCCUGCAGUGUUCAAGAUCGAUGCCUUGAACGAGAACAAAGUCCUCGUGCUGGACACUGACUACAAAAAGUAUCUGCUCUUCUGCAUGGAAAACAGUGCUGAGCCCGAGCAGAGCCUGGCCUGCCAGUGCCUGGUCAGGACCCCGGAGGUGGACGACGAGGCCAUGGAGAAAUUCGACAAAGCCCUCAAGGCCCUGCCCAUGCACAUCCGGCUCUCCUUCAACCCGACGCAGCUGGAGGAGCAGUGCCGCGUCUAG